CCGAGCCCGCGGCCUGGCCUUCCUCAGUCCCGGGAGCUCAGCGCCACCCGAGCUGCAGCCAUGAAGUGCCUCCUGCUCUCCCUGGGCCUGGCCCUCGUGUGUGGCCUCCAGGCCGCCACCCUCCCCCCGACCAUGGAGGACCUGGAUAUAAGACAGGUGGCUGGGACGUGGCACUCCAUGGCCAUGGCGGCCAGCGACAUCUCCCUCCUGGACUCGGAGACCGCCCCUCUGAGAGUGUACGUCCAGGAGCUGAGACCCACGCCCCGGGACAACCUGGAGAUCAUUCUGCGCAAACGGGAAAACCACGCAUGCAUCGAGGGGAACAUCAUGGCCCAGAGGACCGAGGACCCAGCCGUGUUCAUGGUCGACUACCAGGGGGAAAAAAAGAUCUCCGUGCUGGACACUGACUACACCCACUACAUGUUUUUCUGCAUGGAAGCCCCAGCGCCCGGCACGGAGAACGGCAUGAUGUGCCAGUAUCUGGCCAGGACCCUGAAGGCAGACAACGAGGUCAUGGAGAAAUUCGACAGAGCCCUCCAGACCCUGCCCGUGCACAUCCGGAUCAUCCUGGACCUGACCCAGGGGAAGGAGCAGUGCCGCGUCUAGGGCCCAGAGAGGAUGACACCCCUUCCAGCCCCGUCGUCGUCGGGGGGUACUCAGGAGGGACCGGACCUGCCGGACCUGUUCAUCCAGCCCCUAGGCUCCUGGGGGGGGGGGG